GGCCCGCCAUCUCUGAUUUCAAAGUCGGGCAUGCAGUGGAACUUGUCCUGGGCGAGGAGGAUGUCUCCGGGGUGGUGCGCUUCUUGGGUUCCACGCGAUUUGCGCCUGGGGAUUGGGCUGGAAUCAGGUUGGAUGAAGCCGUCGGAAAGAACGAUGGCACGGUGAAGGGCCAAUUCUACUUCCAGUGCGAGAAGGGGCAUGGCAUCUUCGUUCGGCCCGCAGCUAUAUGGAAGAAAGGUGACCAGGCAGCGAAGAAGAUUGUCAAGUCCAAAGUGCCACCUGCCGAUCAAAUCAAGCAAGACACCACUGCAGCGCGGAAGGCCAGCAAGGCACUGGGGAAGAGGCAAAGUGAGGUCUUGGAGAGAGACGGUGAACUAGAGGAGGCGCCUGAAGCCGCUCAUUCCCCAAAAGGAGGCCUGGAGGACGAGAAUGUUUCGAUGAUGCAGAGACACCUGCAACUGGAAGAGGAAGAGUGCAAACGGGCUGAAGAAGAGCGAAAGACUGAGGAUCUCGAAAUGUUGGAAGCGGAGGCUGCGCAGAGAGCAGCGGAGCUCAAGACGGAGCAGAUGCAACAGGAGUUGAAGAAGCAUCAAAGGAAAAGUGUUGUGCUCCAGAAGCAGCUUACAGCUAGCGAAGGCAAACUGGAGGCUGCAAAUGCAGUCUCCACCUCUCAAUCAGACAAGGCAAACCAAUUACAAGCAUCAUUGCGGAAUCUGCGCUUAGAGCAUGAAACAACCAUAGCUCAAAAAGAAGCUUUGGAACGAGAGCUGUCACUCAUGAAAGAGAUGCUUCAGGAGUCUAGGCAGGAGGCGAGUGCGUUGCAAUGCCACGAAAGCAAGAUGGAGCAAGUACUCCACGACGAGACCCAAACAGCAUCAUCCUUCCAGAUGCGGCUGCAGCAGCAGGAGGAAGAGGGGAGGAGAUGUCACAAUGAGUGCAGUGCACUGCAGAAGGCCGUCGAUGAUGCGAUUGAAGAAGCGCGGCAACUGAACCUCGAAAACCAAGCCUUAAUGGAGAAAAAGAAGGGCCUGCUGGCAAUGCAGCAGACCUCCAAUGCGCGCAAGGUCCAGUUAGAAGCAGAAGUAGUUACCAUACUACAAAGCAAAUUGGCAGCUCAGGCUGAUCAGAGGGAAAUAGAGUACAAGAAAGACUUGAUGCAGCAAGAGCUGAAUGCAGCUCGAGAGGAAAGAGCGCUCCUACAGAAGCAGCUGUCUGCCAGUGAAGGCAAGGUGGAGUCUGCCCAUGCUGAUGUGCAUUCUCAUGCGCAGAAGCUGAGCGAAUUGGAAGAAGAACUUUUCAAGGCACAAUCAGAACAUGUGAAAUGCAUGCCUUGCAAGGCGGCUUUGGAGCAAGAGGUCGCAGCUUGGAAAGAAAAGUCUAAGCACCAGCAUACAGUGCAUACAGAGAUGCAAGUUCGUCACCGCAUCAUGCAAGAGAAAGGUCAGAAGCAAACUCUGCAGUUGGAGGAGGUGACUAGAGAAAAGGCAGAAGCUCAGAAGGAGGCCCAAUCAUUCCAGAGAGAACUGGAGCAGAAGCAGGAAGAGGAAAGAAGCAGUCAGGAGGAGCAAAACGCUGUGCAGCUUCGAACGGAAGAACUGAAGAAGCUUCAUUUGGAAGUGGAAGACUUGGAAAGAAGGCAUGAGAGUGCUAAUGCUCGUGGGGAUCGCUUGGAAUCUCGAGUCCUGGAACUGCAAGAGGCCCAGCUUCAUGCCGAUGCCGAGCGUCUUGCAUCGCAGUUCACCGCCGAACUGAGGCAGCAGAAGCUCGAGGAGGACACGGUGAUGCUGCGGAAGAGGCUGGCAGCCAGUGAGGACACGCUGGCGACGGAAGCCGGAAAGCGGGACGCCGGAAAGGCACAAAGCUGGCAGGCGUCGUAUUAUCGAAGCCGCUUGGAGUACGAAGAAGCCGUGGCCCAAAGAGAGGCUUCGGAACAAGGCUCGUCGUUGUUGGAGGAGAAGCUUGCGGAGCUUGGACAGGACUUGUCGGAGAUGCAACGUCAAAGAAACAAGAUGGAACAUGAGGAAAAGGAGUUGAAGCAAGCACUUCAAGAGAUGACUGGAGAACGGGUGCGAGCUGAGACAGAGGCCCAAUCACUUCAGAUGAAAAUGCAGCAGAAGGAGGAAGAAUGGAGGAGAAGUGAGGAUGAGAGAAGUGCACUGCAGAAAGCGGCCCGUCAUGCUGAAGAAACGACAAGGAAGGUGAAUUUGGAGAAGGAGGAUUUGUUGGCAAAGCAGCUAACUUCCCGGGCAGAUCGAGAGAAGAUGGAAGCAAAGGUAAUGGAUGCGUUGAAGGCCAAGGUGGCACAUGGAAAGGAACAGAAGCAAGCACAGUACAAGAACGAAAGCCUGCAACAAGAGCUGAAUGCGGCUCGAGAGGAAAGAGCGCUCCUACAGAAGCUGCUGUCAGCCAGUGAAGGCAAGGUGGAGUUUGCCCAUGCUGAUGUGCAUUCUCAUGCGCAGAAGCGGAGUGACUUGGAAGAAGCUCUUUUCAAGGCACAAUCAGACCAAGUGAAAUCCAUGUGCCAGAGGGAAGAGUUGGAACAGAAAGUGGUUGCUUUGAAACUUGACCUGGAGGAGUCUAGACAAAGCUAUCGUCAGAUACAAGUGGUUAGGACUACGAUACAAUCUCAAAAAAAUCACAUCAAGCGAGAAUUGGAGGACAUGACUCGAGCAAAGGAGAAAGGAGAGCAAGAUGUUACAUCAUUUCAGAUGAAACUGCAGCAGAAGGAGGAAGAGUGGAGGAGAAGUGAGGAUGAGAGAAGUGCACUGCAGAAAUCUGCUCUUCAUGCUGAAGAAACGAUAAGGAAGCUGAAUUUGGAGAAGGAGGACCUUCAAACCAAUCAUCAUGCUGCCAAUUCACGCGGAGACCGGUUGCAAGUUAAGGGGAUGGAACUGCAAGAAGAAAAAGCCGCAUUUCAAGAAGAGUAUGUUGAAGUGGUACUAAGGUCAGAACUGUUUCAACAGGAGCUGAGUUCAGUUCGCAUGGAGAAGGCGGCUUUGCAAGAGUUGCUUUCAGCAAGGGAGCAUGAGCAGCGUGAGCAACGUGAGCAGCGUGAGCUGGCGACGAAACAGCAUGAAGCCACCUUGAAGCUGCGCUUGGAGCACCAAGCGUCCUUGGCCCAGAAAGAUGUAGAGCUUGCAGCCUUAAAGCACCAGCUGGAAGCUCAUGGGCGAAAAAUGCAGGAGAUGCAAAGUCCUGAGGUGAUAAGGAGGGAGUACAGCAAGCAUGAGUUGAAUCGAAGCUUUGGAGAGAAGAAUGCCAGGGACUACUGUGCAGCGGUGGGACUAGCUGCAGAUGUUGGAAUUCCCCCAGAAGAACUUCCGCCCGUGUAUAGUGCCUUGGCUGAGAAACUGGUGCACUUCCAAGGCCUUUGUUGGAAACAGCACUGGUUCGAGUUAGUGGACUCUUUGAUUUCAGCCUUAGAGAAGAAGGAGGGACUCUCGCAGCCCCUCGUGUACCUGUUGAAGCGCUAUGAUGGGAAGGACGACCAGGGCCGUUCAGAACGGUGCAUGGGCCUGCCGGUGUUCGCGGUGUUUCACGCGGCCACUCUUGGUGGUGCUGGUGACUUGCUGUUCCUCCCCACUCAGCCAGGUGAGGCGCAUCUCACAUUGCGAAGAGAGGCAGAUUUCAAGCUGGACCUCUUCUAUGAGCAGAGUGCCACAGUCACGAUCCGCGGAGGGCACAGCCAUGAAAUCCACAUGCGGGUGAAGAAGGGCCUUCUCUCCGAUGCGCCGGGCGAGACGCGGGACCGAUCGGAGGAGGAGAGAGUUUUGGCGGCGCUGCGCGGGACGCUGAAUGGGGUCUUGGGCGGCUGA